AUGACGCUUGUCGAUAUUGACAAUACAGGUCUGAACGAUGCCGAACUUGUUGAAAAGGGAACGGAGGUAAGCCUCAGAGGAGAUGCCACUGACGAAGAGGGUGCGGCUCAGAACCUUGAUGUUACCCGGGCCGAUGGAAUAGUCCCACUCGACGAGCUUGGAGCCAGGCGAGGGGAGAUUAUGGUCUGUCCGCAGCGGGGAAUGAGACAGGCGCUUCCAGUGUGGAGGGCUACGUUUACGGUAUUCGUUACUCUGACGACCUCCAGCAUCGCGAGGAUCACCCUGGCGCCUAGUGGAAUCACUGUAAUACUGGUCGUGCACCGGCCUAUCGUGGCGGCGAGGCGGCGAGGAAGAGUGACGUCGGUCUCAACCGGGAAGGUGAGAAGGACGGCCGUACCCAGCGGGAGGAGAGCUAGAGUGGUCACGAUCCCUCCUGCGAGCACGAUCGACACGGUUCUGCACGUCCGGGUGGCCCUGGCCACUAGAGCCCUGGCAGGGUAUCGCGCUAAAUCCAGGAAGCUGAGCGGGGCUGCCAGCACCUAUGGUAUCGGUUAUGUUGACGAGUUGCAGGGCCGCAGCCCACUGGUCCUGCGAGAUGCCCUGCUGCGACAGUAA